AUGUCUGGGACGAGCGAUGAUGAGUUUAGUGAACUAGAUGCUAGUCUUAAAGAAUUUGCAAGAAAAAGACAAUCGAGACUAAGGAGUAUGAAGUCUGCACAACAACAAGCAAAUGCAUCCCAGCAUGUAGAGCAAAUACCAACUGAGCUAGAAUACGAAACCUUACUUAAGUGCGCGAUGGCUGUCUUGAAAAAAGGGAAGGAUCAAGGCGAGUCUACAAGAAUAAAGCUACCGCUGGAUGUAAAACGAGAAGCAAGAAAGACAUCAAUAAACAUAGUGGAAAUAGCAAACAUACUUAACAGAUCGGUGGAGCACUUGGUGAGUUUCAUAUCCAAUGAGUUGAUGGCAACUGGAUCUGUGAACAAAGAUGGCAAGCUGCUUAUAAAGGGUAUGUUUAUUAGAUCAGAGAUACAGGAGGUUCUCAGAAGAUAUAUUGAGCAUUUCGUGGUAUGCAAGAUAUGUGAGAAUGUUGAAGACACUGAAAUUGUAAGAGAAAAGAGACUCUAUUUUCUGAAAUGCUCGAAGUGCGGGGGUGCAAGAUGUGUGGGCAAUGCUGUGGAGGGAAUCACAACAAAAGGUAAGGCAAAGCCACAGCUUAGAGGAAUGCUAUAA